AUGGUUGCCAAAAACUUGCUCUCCGGUUUCACCUUUUUCUUUCUAAUAAUUUCUGCUGCUGUUCAGGCUGUUCAUGCUCACGGAAGCCAAUGUAGUGAAUUGCUCGUAUCUGGGAAGAACCCUGUUCCAGACAGCGCUAUCACGGCGUCUUCGACCUGGGCCGUUAACGUGGACACGAAGCACAUUCCGCAAAGGUCCCGUAUUGAUCUAGGCCUUGACGCGGUCGGCAACGGAGGGUGGAGCGCAAACUUCAACGACGAUAAACAGUGGCUGCAGUUUGAUCUGGGAUUUUCUAGGAAGAUAACGGGCGUGAUCACCAAAGGGAGACAAGGGUAUGGAACAGACCAAAGCAGAUGGCAGUACGUGACCGCCUAUAGACUCCAGUACGGGAACGCAACCGAUGACAUGAGUGUUUAUAGUGACCACGACCACGAGCCAGAGGUGUUUGAUGCCAACUGGAACCCCGUCACGCCGCAGGUGCAACUCCUUGACCCCCCUAUCAACGCCAGGUACAUCCGGAUUAACCCGGUCAAGUGGCACAACCACGUGUCCAUGCGUGCUGACCUUCUUGGAUGUCCACUGACGGACACCAACAAGGUGUUUGAUGGCAACUGGAACCCCGUCACGCCGCAGGUGCAACUCCUUGACCCCCCUAUCAACGCCAGGUACAUCCGGAUUAACCCGGUCAAGUGGCACAACCACGUGUCCAUGCGUGCUGACCUUCUUGGAUGUCCACUGACGGACACCAACAAGGCCACUAUUAUUGGGUAG